AUCCCGACAGAAUACAAAUGAAGUUGAGAUGAACGUCGAUGAAAAGGCUCCGUUUUUUGUGUUCAUGAAUGUAGUAAUUACAUUGACUCACAUUUUAAUUGGUGCGAUUGCAUUUAAUGCAAUAUUUUUUGCAAAUCUCUUUCAAAUUCGAAGUUCAUUUCAGCAACAUAUAUAUUUGUGUGUUAUUGGGUACAUCCUCCUGAUGAGCCAAGCUGUCCUUUCAAUGAAUCCUUAUGCGAGUUGGGCGAAGGUAUUAAGCUAUGAGAACAAGAAGAUGAUCCACUGGUUGAUGCAAAUUUUAGGAUCAGUUCUAGCAAUAGCCGGCAGCAUUGUUAAACUGGCCGAUCGAAAUACUAACUUCCGAUCAGCUCAUGGAAUUCUUGGUCUCGUCGCGAUGCUUUUCACGAUAGCCAGUCUUAUCAGUGGAAUAGUAAACUUAUUCUCUAUGAACUUUAGUAACAAUAUUAACAUGAUUAAAAUAGGGCACUCAGUUUUAGGCGCGUUGGCACUUUCCACCGCUUACUUGAGUCUUUGUUUUGGAUUUCAUGAUGUAUACAGAGUAGUUUAUGGAAAUAACAACGCUAAUCUUUCCAUUAAUUUUACUGUGGUCACUUUAAUAGGAGUUUUGACAUCUACUUGUAUAAAUACAGUCAGAAGAAUUGUACCUUAAUUAAAUAAGUUAAUCUUCAGUGUGA